AUGAUAACUUUAUAUCGAACUUUUGCAGGCAACACCUCUCACUAUUCUCCUGACGGAAAUGGGAGAGAUAGCUAUAUAAUUCAGAAUAACGGUGGAAUUUGCAGAACUGCAUGCACCACUGUGACAAAAUCCGGAAGUCCAUCCCCAAGAAGAGAUUACUCUCCACCUAAGCCAAAGCUAGAUGCCAAGGUAUUUAGAUAUAAUUCCAACGGAAGUGGAAGAGAUACUUAUAUUUCAUGGAAUGGAGGAGGAAUGUACAGUUCAUAUGGAAGCAAGCCAUUCCAUAUGAGCCUGAGAGAGCAUUCACCAAGCCAGACUAUAGAAAGCAGCGAUAUAUUUUUUAAAACCCAAACUCAAUGAUUGAGGCAAAAGAGAAAUAGAAGAUCAAGCCUUGACGAUGUCACGAAAAGACUGAGCGUACCGAAAUAUAAAAAGGAAAAAUAUGCAGAGACUGUGAGAAAAGCAAGCCCAGAUGUGAAAAAAGAAACAAAUAUGCUACGGUCAACCUACUAUUAA